CUCACUAUCGCUCAUCUCUCACUGAGUGAGACUGUCGAGCCUCUCUGCACUACUUUCUGUCAUAGCCGAAGAACCAAGAAGGGGACUGAAAUUACAAUACCAUCAGCAUGUUUAGGACCAUUCAAACCGUCAAAAUGUUUUGUGCGUGCAGGACGUUGAUAAACUUGACAAAUUUUGCGAGAUUUGCAUCUUCCAAGGGCGGUGCGAAAGCUUUGCGCGUGAAGAAAGGAAAGUCGCAGAGUUUAAUUCCUCCUAAAGCUCUUGUGGACUUCAAGAUGGUAAAGGCCUUUGCAGGCAAGGGUGGAGACGGCUGCGUGUCGUUCGCUCAGCUGUGGAGCAACGACAAAGCCGGGCCUGACGGUGGAGACGGAGGCAACGGAGGUGAUGUCAUUUUUCAGGCGUGUACAAAUGUCAAGGAUCUCCACAGUGUUACCACUGAUCUCAGAGCAUCUCCUGGAGUCAAGGGCAAGAACAAAGACCUGCAUGGUGCCAAUGGGCAGCCUCUUGUCAUCAAGGUACCAAUAGGGACGGUAGUGAAGGAAAAUGGAAAAGAACUUAUUGACCUGGCAAAAGAAGGGUCGCAAUUUGUGGCAGCGCGUGGAGGUCUUGGAGGCAAAGGCAAUCGUUUCUUUGCCACAGACACAAAUCAGUCGCCUGAAGUUGCAGAACACGGGACGGAAGGAGACCAAAAGGUGCUUUCUUUGGAAAUCAGGAGCGUAGCACACAUCGGACUGAUCGGUUUUCCAAACGCAGGGAAAAGCUCGCUUUUGCAGUCGGUGACGAGGGCACGACCUAAGGUUGCCUCCUACCCUUUCACCACUCUCAGUCCUUUCCUUGGAGUGAUUCCAUUUAGCGACUACAGAAAGUUGAUCAUUGCCGACCUGCCAGGCCUGAUUCAGGGUGCGCACGUGAAUCGAGGUCUCGGCCACGCGUUUCUCCGGCACUCGACCCGCUGCUUAUCCUUGCUCUUUGUCGUGGACUUGGCCCAACCCUGGCCCCAACCCUUGGACGAACUGUACACCCUGAGGGACGAAUUGCGAAAAUACAGCGAGACGGUUGCGCAGCAGAGAAUUUGGGCCAUCGCAGCGAAUAAAAUCGACCAAAACCUUGCGCAGGAAAAUCUUCCUCUCCUAAUGAAGGAGGCUGAAGAAACUCUAGCUUACCCUGGGGAGCCAUUGCCAUCUGUGAUUGUUCCAAUUUCUGCAAUGACUGGUAAGGGAACUGCAACGCUCGUACAGGAAAUGCGAAAGUUGGCAGAAGAGGGUGGUUUUAUGUCUGACGAAGAUGAUUUGUAGUCGUUAUGAAUUUUAAUAAAAAAAAAUUGUUAACACAAUAAAA